GAUAAUGCCAAAGCUUCAUUAGGUUAAGUUAAAAAUUUGUGUAAUUAAAAAUUAAUCAUUUUAAUUUUCAUUAUUCGAAUGAGUAAAAUUUUCUUUCAAAAGUGUGUUAAGUUAGAAAAUAUUUUCAAUGGAUAAUAUGGAAGAUAGUGGAAUAUCUGAAUCAGAAGUGAAUCUUACGUCUUUACGACGUGAUUUAGAUAAUAUUGCUAGUCUACAAGCUGAAUUAUUAACGAUGAACUCCGAAGAUGAUGCAGAUACCAACGAAAUGGAAUUAGAAACUGAAUCCACCCAAGAAGAUGUAGUAAUUGAUGACGUUGAAGUUGAGAUUGAAACAGAACAGGCAUCUUCACCAACAGCAAGUAGUCCAGAUAUUAAAGAACAACAAAUAAAAAUUGUUACAACUGGUCCGACAUCUACGUUAAAAGCGAUUGCUCCAAAACCGAUAACAGCUUCAAUUGCUCAGAAAACAACGCCUAAAACGAAUAUUAUAAAUACUGGGGGACAGCAAAUUGUUCUUAUCCAAUCUCCAGGGGGUACAGCAAAUGCAGUAAGUUUGAGUACAGGACAGCCUAUAAAAUUAAUAUCACAAACGGGACAACCGGUUACGUUGCCCCAAUUUCAAGCACGUCAACAACUGGUUAAAACCACUGAUGGAAAUUUAAUUUUACGUACGGCUUUACCAAAAGGUCAAACAUCUACACAAGCUACGUUAAAAACGAAUCCUAGUUUGAAACGUAUUGUACAAACGUCACCAAUGACACAGAAAAAGAUGUUUGUCACGACACCUGGAGCACAGACUAUAAAGACAGAACCAACCACACAAAUGGUAAAAAUUAUAACAAACACACCGGGUUCAACGUCCAUGGGUAAUCCCAGCAAAACAAUUAGUUUAUCUCAAGCCCAAGAAAUGGGUUUAUUAACAUCCACACAAGUUCAACAAUUGUUACCCCACACAGUUGGUAAUAAAAUUAUAAUCAAUAAAUCAGGUCAAACAAAACCUACCACACAGCUUGUGAAAGUGGCUACAAGUCAAUUUCAAAAAUCUCCAACAAAAAUUUUACCAGCACCAAAAUUUGUACAAAAACCUGGUGGACAACAAAAAGUUUUGAUUAAACAGGGCAAUCAAUUGAAGACGGGUAUUAUUAAUACGGGUCAACAAGUGUUGAGAAUACCAGCAAGUCAAUUGAAUUCAAGUGGACAAAUUCAUCAGAUUAAUUUACCUGGACAAGGAGUUCAAUAUGUUCGAUUGGUAAAUACAUCAAACAGUAAUCAAUCAAACACCAGCGCUGCCUCAUCAACAGUUGUAACAUCAACAUCGGGCAGUACUUUAGUUCGUACCACAACCGCAUCCGGCCAACAAAAGGUUCAAACAAUUGUACCGGUUGCACUUGUUGAUCGAACCGGAAACAUUUCACAAGGACAAAGUAUUGUUAAAGUGGUACCAAUGAGUACAAAUCAAACGGCAACGACAACAGUACGGCCAGUUGCUCCAAAAACAGUUACGACUUUGGGUACAACACAACGAACAAUUGUUGCUUCAUCGGGUAAUACACAAGGAAAAAUCGCUGCAGUGCCUGUUUCAACUGUUAAUACAAUUCAAGGUACAACAAUAUUACCAACCAGUCCAGGUAAUUCAAUUGUAAUGUUACCAACCCAGUUUGUUCAAUUACAACAACAGCAAGAUAUAAAUCGUAACAAUAAUACCGUACCAAAAGUAUCACCAAAAAUAGAAAAAUUAGAUUCACCAGCAAAAUUAACCACUGAAGCAAUAAUACAAGAAUACGUGGGACGACCAUCUUCAACAUUGGAACCAAACGGUUUACGACCACGUAAACCAUGUAAUUGUACAAAAUCACAAUGUUUAAAAUUAUACUGUGAUUGUUUUGCGAACGGGGAAUUCUGUCAUAUGUGCAAUUGUGUUAAUUGUUUUAAUAAUUUAGAGAAUGAGGAAGAACGACAAAAGGCGAUUCGUAGUUGUUUAGAACGUAAUCCGAGUGCAUUUCGUCCAAAAAUUGGUAAAGGUCGUGAUGCUGGCGAAGCUGCAAUCCGGAAACAUACGAAAGGAUGUAAUUGUAAACGAUCUGGAUGUUUGAAAAAUUAUUGUGAAUGUUAUGAGGCAAAAAUUGCUUGUUCCAAUAAUUGUAAAUGUGUUGGAUGUCGAAACAUCGAAGAUUCGUUAGAGAAGAAAAGUUUACGACGAAUUGCACCGUUAAUUAGUUUAAACGAUAACAAUGCGAAUAAUUUGGGUCUAAAACAAAGUACACCAACAAAUAAAUUACCUACGGCCAUACCAUAUCAUAAAGGUCGAUAUCUAGGUUACAACACACCAAAUGUAGAAAUUAAUUUUAGACCAAUGUUAGGAAAUAACACAAAACAAGCAUUCGCAUUUAUGACAACCGAAGUAAUCGAAGCCACCGUACAAUGUUUAUUAGCAAGCGCUGAAACGGCUGAAAAGAAAGGACUAAAUCAUAGUGAAGUAGAGUGUACGGUGUUAAAAGAAUUCGGACGAUGUUUGGUUGAAAUUAUCAACACAGCAAAAAGCUAGAAAUAAGAUUUUUUUUUGUGUAAUUGUAUAUUUGCGGGAUCGUAUGUAUGCGCGCGUGUACGUGUGUGUGCGUGUGUGUGUGUAUUUUGGGGUCAUAAGUAGAGCUAUAUUUUAUUAGCGUUUAAAACAACAAUAUUUUUUAAAUAA